UUGCACCAAUAAUGUCUUUGGUUCCAUCCUGGUCCUCUCAUUUCCAGCAUUCAGGAGAAGCAGAGAGAUGGGGUUCCAGUCUUGCUUGUUGAGAUUGCUGCCAUUCGCAGCCAUGGUGAUGCUGGAAUUCGUUGAUACGGGCUUGAACGUAAUUAGUAAAGCAGCUAUGUCCAAGGGAAUGAGCCACUUUGUUUUUGUUGUCUACUCAAAUGCUCUUGCCACUCUCAUCAUGUUCCUUUCUUCUUUCUUCUUCUACAGGACGAAAAGACCACCACUUACCUACUCCCUCCUCUGCAAAUUCUUCCUCCUCAGCCUUGUUGGAAUUACCGUGAUGCAGAAUUGUGUGUUCACUGGUGUAAACUACAGUUCUCCUACCCUUGCUUCUGCAACAGUCCAACUAGUCCCUGCCUUUACCUUCUUGCUUGCAGUUAUCUUAAGGAUGGAGAAGUUAGAUUUGAGAAGCUCAAUAAGCCGGAUCAAAAUUAUGGGCACAGUAGUAUCAAUUACAGGAGCAAUGAUUAUAAUCUUUUACAAAGGUCCUCCAAUAGGUACCACAACCUUCCCAUCAAAUCCAGAUCCUGUAUUGACAGCAAAAAAAUCCUGGGUCAUAGGUGGAUUCUUCCUUGCAACUGCGAGUUUCUCUCUCUCAAUAUUUACUACGUUUCAGGCAGCAAUUCUGGAAGGGUACCCAUCAGAGAUGACCAUAGUCUCCUUCUAUUGCCUAUUUGGAACUAUCCAAUGUGCAAUAGUUUCCUUGAUUGCAGAGAAGAACCCAAAUGCUUGGAAACUGAAACCUGAUAUUGAGCUCGUAUCUGUCAUCUACUCCGCUGUGUUUGGAAAUGUGGUGACAUACAGUGUAAUGACAUGGUGCAUACAUAAGAAAGGACCUGUUUUUGUGGCCAUGUUCAAACCCCUGGGGAUAGCCAUUGCUGCCUUUCUUAGUGUCAUCUUUCUCGGCGAUACACUUCAUGUUGGAAGUAUUAUUGGGGCGAUCAUAAUAGUUGCAGGUUUCUAUGGAGCAUUAUGGGCAAAAUCCCAGGAAAAAGAACAAAGUGAAAUAAAACAAAUCAACGAACCCCAGAGUACCCCACUCUUGGGGAGUCACACGGAUGUGUAAACAGAUGCACCAACAUGGUAAUAACGGUUGGUCUAUAUGUGAAAAUGUGAAGCCAGAAUAUUGGUUUCAGUUUGAGUUUGUGGGCAAAGCUUGUGACUUUAUUUUAGAGUUGCCCAACGAAAACCAUGUAGACUACCAGAGCUUUAUCAAAUGGCAUCCCGAUUAAGCUCUUCAAUAAAUGUAUAAUAUACUUUUCCAGUGAGUUCAAGGAGAUGAAAAUAAGAUCAGCCAUUACAUUCCUCUU